UCCCUCUUUCCGUACUGUGAGCGGCGCGCGGCCCCUCGGCCUGCUGGUUGCCUUGGUAACCAACCGUCGCCACCCGCUCGUGCCUGUGGCUUCGUGGCCUUUGAGGGCGCCUUGAUAAACCACAAAACUGCCAGGAUGAACUGUCGUUCAGAGGUACUGGAGAUAUCAGUGGAGGGGCGCCAGAUUGAAGAAGCGAUGCUCGCUGUUUUGCAUACCAUAUUGCUCCAUCGCAGCACAGGGAAGUUCCACUACAAGAAGGAAGGGACCUACUCCAUUGGGACAGUUGGCACGCAAGAUGUUGACUGUGACUUCAUUGAUUUUACCUAUGUUAGAGUUACUUCCGAUGAGCUUGACCGGGCAUUGAGAAAAGCUGUUGGGGAAUUCAAGGAUGCGCUGCGGAACUCGGGCAAUGAUGGGAUGGGCCAGGUCUCGCUGGAGUUCUACCAGAAGAAGAAAUCACGGUGGCCAUUCUCUGACGAGUGUAUCCCAUGGGAAGUGUGGACAGUCAAAGUGAACGUGGUGAGCCUGGCUAAUGAGCAGGAGCGGCAGAUCUGUCGUGAGAAGGUUGGUGAGAAACUCUGUGAGAAGAUCAUCAACAUUGUAGAAGUGAUGAACCGACAUGAGUACCUGCCCAAGAUGCCCACCCAGUCUGAGGUGGACAAUGUCUUUGAUACGGGGCUGCGGGAUGUCCAGCCCUACCUGUACAAGAUUGCUUACCAGAUCACUGACUCACUUGGAACCUCUGUCACUACAACCAUGCGGCGCCUCAUCAAGGAUACCCUGGCACUCUGAUAUCCAUGAGACUACAAGACCUGACAUUAUUGAGAGGCAACAUGAGCAACUGGCUUUCUGUCCAAAAGCACCAAAUACAUAUUUUCUCCCAGAAAAUCUGGGAGUCUUGAUAUGCAGGUGCCCUGUUCUAAUUUAUUAAUUUCCAAGUAUCUCCAGGGCAAAGACAGAACCAGCCUUGGCUCCUGGAUUCAGUAUAUCAGUUUACCUAGAACACAGCCUCUCACAGCAGAAAAGGAAACCAGGAUUCUUCCUUCAGCCCCCUUUUCUGUUAGACUUAGCUCUACAAGCUUAGAAGGUGUGCCUCUUCAUGGGAGAAAAUAGUGUGUAUUUUUUCGUGAGCAUUUCCCUAAUAUAGGACAGAUGAUAACUCCAAGCUUGGUUCUCUCUGUGACCAGAUGCCUUUAUUUAUUAACCGUAGAGUCUUUUGUUAAUGGAAAUCUGCCAGAGCUGGGGUUACUUAUCUUGGCAAAAUGGGUGCCUUUCCUCCUGAUAAACCACUCCUCCUCCUUCACCCUCCUCUGACUUUAGGAUAAUUGAAUAAGAUUAUAAGACUCCCUGUCUUGUGCAUGUCUGUUAGGGCAGUAGAGGGCUGCAGACUCAUUUUUUCCCUUGUGAGUCCUGGUUGCAAAGAAGAGCUAAGUCCGAAAGACCUGUUCAAAAGGCUGUCUUAACUUGCCAAUCUAGUCCUCAUCAACCCCACAGUUGCUAUUUCUCAGUAGAGUUUGGAAGUCAGGCGCUUGCAUUUCUAAAAAUAAGGAUCUUCAAUUACUUGUAUUUGUUUUUCCAGUGUAACGUAAAUGUAUAAGUCUGAGAAUUAAAAUUAGAAAAC